CCCUCCCUGACCUAGCCGCCACCCCUCGCCCCCCUCUCUCUCCCGCGAACUCCAUGGCGACUGCCACCUGAUCUGCAUCCCCGUCGGCCCCCUUUGAUCUUGUACCUCGCCGCCGUCACCGCCGCCCUGGUCUUCAAGUCGCGGCCGCCCCCAGGUGAAUCUCGCGGCUGCCAGGAGAGGAUUGUGUUGGAGCCGCGUCCGUGGAGCCUAGCCGCGUCCCACGCGCCACAAAGCGAAACCGACCGGGGUCGGGCCGAGUCUCGGGACCAGGAGGACGGGCUAGGGUUUUCCUUCCAGAAACAGCAAACCGUUUCGCUAUUUGUUGCCCCGCCGCCAUCCCCCCUGCCCCUGCCCCUGGCUCGAGUUCCCACGACGCCCACGCCGACCUUGACGCCCACUCCCGGACCAGGAGGACGACUGCUGCUGCUCGGCGCCCACGCCGACCUUGAUGCCCAGAAGCUGCUCGGCGACCUCGGCUGUGAACUGAACCAAGCCCACGCCCCUGCCUGCUGGACUUCGACCGCGUCGCCACGCCUGCCCCGACUCGCCGCCGCGACCUCCGACGGCCAAUUGAUCGAUGGAGCCCAACGCUGACAAGCUACGUGGUCUUCGCAUCACCUCCCUGGACGAUGAAGACGAUGAUGAGACAGAACUGCCCAACCAACCUCUGCCCGCCUCCACCGUGACCGUGGCUGCGGCCGCCUCGGGCUAUGAUGAUGAUGACGAGGAUGAAGAUGAAGAAGCAGAAGUCAUGCUUGGAUUCCUGGAGAAGCCGAAGCAUCCCGGCCUCCUCCUCCGCCACCUCUUUCCUAGCAAGGCUGGAGGCAUCCCGGCGUGGUUGGAUCCCGUGAACUUGCCCACGGGGAACUCCAGCUGCUGUGGCUUCUGCGGCGAGCCCCUGCACUUUGUCCUCCAGAUUUAUGCUCCAAUUGAGAGCAAUACAGCAGCAUUCCACCGCACUCUGUUCAUGUUCAUGUGCCCGUCGAUGGCAUGCUUGCACCGAGACCAGCACGAACAGUGGACACGCAAUCAAGGCAAUCCUCGUAGAAGCGUGAGGGUUUUCCGGUGCCAGCUGCCUCGUACCAACGUGUUCUACUCAAGUGAACCUCCAAGUCGCAAUAACUCUGACAAGCCACUAUGUGCCGGAGCUGCUCUGUGUCAUUGGUGUGGUACAUGGAAAGGGGAUAAAAUAUGUGGUGGCUGCAAGAAAUCACGUUACUGUUCUGAGAAACAUCAGGCACUGCACUGGCGCUCUGGUCAUAAAAAUGAUUGCCUACAGAUAAUCAAUUCUUCUGAAGCUUCAAGUUCUGUGCUGCCAGCUGUAGGAAAAGUUCCAGCUAGGACUUCUUGGCCGGAAUAUCAGAUAGCAAUUGACGAUGAAGUUGAUUUGGAUUCUGAUGGUUGUGAUGAAGACAGCUCAAAGUCCUUGGUGAUGCAAAAGCAUGGUAAACCAGAUGAUACAAUGCAGUCAUGGAUGGAUCAAUUUGAGGCUGAUGCUGACAACCAAUGCUGGGCAUAUUUUCAAGAGCGUAUCUCAAGAGCACCAGAGCAAGUAUUGAGAUACUGUCGAGAUCCAAAUGUAAAACCUCUGUGGGCUUUAUCAGCUGGGCGUCCAUCAAAUCCUGACAUCCCUUCAUGUAGCUACUGUAAAGGUCCACUAUGCUAUGAAUUUCAGAUAAUGCCACAAUUGCUUUAUUACUUUGGUGUGAGAAAUGAACCAGACUCUCUUGAUUGGGCAACAAUUGCUGUGUACACAUGUAAAGGAUCAUGUGAUCAAAAUAUUAGCUACAAGGAAGAGUUUUCAUGGGUUCAGUUAUAUCCUACGUCAAUCUCAAGGCCGUAGUAAUGUUUACCUGUUCCACAGAGUAGCGUCUGCUGCAGCAGGUUUGUAACUCCCCCGAUUUAACUUUGUUGUUAGUCUACAAAAGCUCAUGCAUAUGGUCAAUGCAUGUGAUACACUAAAAAGCAACGGCUCACGUUGGCAUGCUUCAUGUGUUUUAUCAGUAUACACUAUCAUCCACUGUCAAAUGUGUAUUAUGAUAGGAGCACGUUCUGAGAGAUUUUUUAAUAGAAUGUUCCAAGGGUUGAGAACUUUCCUAUGCCCAUUGAUGCAUCUAUUGCUUGAACAAGUGUGGUGUCAAUAGUUAUUGUAAAAGUUAGAUAGGUAUAAGCCUAUUUGAUGUUGCGUUUUUGGAUUCUGAAGCUAUGCUAAUUGCUAAUCAACAUUUUGUUUGCUGUA